GUACACGCGAGUGUGUGUGCGAGUGAGACGGCAGAGGUUGUGUAUUGCUGCUGAUGAGAGAGAGAGAGAGAUACAGAUAUAACUGAAACAUCAUCCGUCGACUGAAAAGCGGGACCUCUCUUCAUAAAUCUUGGAUUUCAGGUUAACGGACAGAUCGCCGCCGGAGGAUUAGGAUAAAAAGGGAUUCGGGCUUUAUUGGUGGGAUUAUCGGUGGUCUCGAGCUGAUUUGAUCCCGCUAACAGGCUAAUAACAAGCGCAGGUGGAUGACUCGCGAGACUCGACCUGGAUGUUGGCCUGUUUUUAAGAGAGAUAAACUGAGGAACAAAACGCCUAGCGUCAAACCAAACUGAGGAUUUAAAUCAACUGACGGGAACCAGAAAUACACCACGGGUCUUCUUUUUAUUUCGAGCUGGAAAAUCAAAACGAGCGGGGGUCGUACGGGCCAGCUAACGUUUUACCUCAGAUAUAUGGAGGAUGCUGUUGCUAACCGCGUUGGAACAAUCUGUCAUUUAAGGGGUUUCGCUUUUGUUUUUAGUCUUAAUUAAACAACGACAGACGUUUAGGACAUAGUCUGUUGUGCUUAACAUGUAAAAUACGCAAAGCUUUAUUUUCUCAGACAAUCGGAGUACGACUGAAUACACUGCCGCGUGUUUAUAUUUCAUAACCAGAUUUUAAUAACCGCUGUUUAAUCCAGGGAAGUGUCAAGCCUGUUAUAAGCAUGCCAUUAAUGCGAAUUUAUAAUGAUUUGCUAAUGAGGCAGGCAGUUUUUUUUUGUAACACUAGGAAGUUAGGGAUUACGAAUGGACUCAUGGAAUUUGGAUAUACAGUCUAAUAUUGGCAAUGAUACAGCUUUCUAUUUUAUGCAAUACUAAAAUUGUAUAUUUCAUAAAUAAUUUGAGGGUUUUUUUUUUAUAAAAAGCAAUUUUACGCAGUGAAGUAAUCCUGUUAUUAUGUGUUGAUGGGGAUGUUGAUCAGCAUGUUUUGAGAAGAAUUAAUUGUGACUUUGAAUGCGGAACAGGGAAACAAGGCCAAUUUUUAUUAUUUUUCUCCCAAUGAGAGAUUUGCAUAUCGGAGAAAAUAUCUCAGCCCAUAUGAGCUGCGUUACGGCAGUGAAACAUUAUCCCUGCGUCCGCAAAAGUAAACAGUAGUUGAUCAUUUACAGGGAGGUGGACGCUUACGCAUGGGUCUCAACAAGGAUAUUUCUUUUGGUGCGUAUGCUGGAAGAGGCCACCAACUGCUUUUGAAUUCCGAACAUUAUUAUCUUGUGGGAUCAUAACAAAGGAUUUGGAUUUCUGGAAUAUUUCCAAUUGUCAGAGGAGAGAGCUCUUCGAUGGAGCAAGUUCUCUCCAGCCCUCAGGGGUGUUCCGAGUGGGAGGUGAGCGGGAAAGCCGAGUGGGAAUCCGAGCAGAACCCCCUCGGAUUUCUCCUUAUGGAUGAAGAUAACAGUCCUGUUGGCGAUUCUGCGAAAGACAUUUUUCAGGAAAAUGCCAUAAACCUAGAUGACCUAUUUUGGUCCUCUCAGUAUUCUGGGCAAACAUAUUCCUGGGAAAAUAGUUUGGAAUGCGUCUAUCCCGAAUGGAAGACUCAGCCUCCUACUUCCCAAGAUCUCAAAGGAGAGGGUUCUCCUGGAGGUUUGGACAUUGUUGACGGCGAUCUUAUCUGUUUUAAUUCUAGAUCUACUAGUCCUACGCUCUCAAGCGUACCUGCGCAGAACCAAAACAACUUUUAUGACCUUCCUGAACAGGUGCCUGACUUCCUGAAACCUGUGGAGGUUACUGCCACUUUAAACUCUCUAGAUGUGUACACAGGUGAGAAGGAUAUUUCUGACCCCACAGUUCAGUCAGACAAAACUCUACUACAAGAAACCCACCUCCUUGAGGACACGCAUUUAACAAACUGUGAACUCAGACAUAAUUCUUUAGAGGAAAGGACACUUGUGAACAAUGAUAGUCUGUGCUUGCUUCCACAAGGGACUCAUCACAUUCUGGAUUCUGAAGGUUUGUUGCCCGCUUCUCCUGUGCAGUUGUCCUGUUCAGAUACGAACUCAAAUCCCAAGCCUUCAGUUAUUUGUCAGACACCUUUAUCUACACCAGAACACAUCUACCUCCCAUCCAUAACCCUUUCCUGUGAGGCAAUCCCUAUAGAACCAGCUGUCCUAUCAUUUCACAAGAGUGGUGCUCCCCUUCAGAUGGAUGAGAUAGAGAUGUUGUUACCUGGGCUGCUGGUUGAAGGAGAACAGGAGAAUAGCAAGCCCUCAGCUAGUAACGAGACCCAUGACGAUGAUCUUCAGAGCCAAGGCGCUAACAUAGAAACAACGCGACUGUCUUCUGAGGCAGAGGCUGUCUGUAGGACUCCAUUAGGCGAAUCUUGCAUAUCACCUGAAGUUCAUGAAGAAGUGUUGUGCGAUUUAUCCACAGAAUGCACAUUUGAUUUACCUUUGCAAACGGCUGGAGAAAAGAUAGAGGAGGAGGUUGCUUCCAGCACAACAACAGAUACAUUAUUUUCUGAAGCGAAUACAGAACUCGCCCCAAUUGCUUUUGUUGAUUUAGAAGCGAAAGAUCCUCCAAGUGAAAGCCUGCUUGACAGAGAUGAACAUAAAGAAUCCACAACGGCCUUGCCAGUCAGCACAUCUGAGCUUAAUGCCUUAAUUGACCUCUCGCCUGAAGAUGACAUCUUAUCUGAGGACCCCAGCCAGCCCACACAUUCAGCUGAGGCUGAAGCCUUAUCUGAGGUGCCCUUUGAUGGAGAUAUUCCUGAUUCCAUGCUUGAGAUCUUAACAGACAGCAUCUCUUGCGAAACCGUGCCAUCUUUAGACUCUGUGAUACCGCCUGUGACAGAUGCUAUUGAGCUAACAGAACAGGACAAAUCUGAUGCAACCUUGCCCGAUCUUGAAUCUGAUGCACUCACCCUUGAAUUUCAGGAAAAUGUAACAAGUGUAGAAACAGUACAUGACAUAGACGGUGACCCUAAGGCUAUGGAGACAGAGCGAGCUGAUGUUACGCCCACAAAAGGUAACACAGAAGACGUUCUCAAAGUUUUAGAGAGCUCACAUUUGCAUCAAAAUCAGGAGGCAACCAAUUUGCAAGGCAAGUCGGAGAGUUUGCAAAAUGUUAAUUUAAAUAUAGAUAACAGUAAAGCUGACAACAAUCAAGAACUGAAUGCAGUAAGUGAAACCUGUCAGGAACAGAAACAGAGCCCGCUUGUGGAAAAUGUCUCACCUUUGGACCAAUUGAAUGACUCUUUGACUGCAAACUCAAGUGCAAUUGUAAUAGAUACACCUGAAAAAAAUGUAACAGGUCACAAUACUCUGCUGGAUGUUGAAGAGAAACUUCAAAACAGUGCAUUUUUACAGGGAGGGGAGAUAUCGGAUUGCAGUUUGUCUACUCGGAAUCAAGUCAUACCUCAUUGUGCAAGUAAUCCUGACUCUUCAGAGUCCACUCCCUUCACCUGUGCAGGUGAUCAGCUGACCGUGACGGCUGGACCUGUGGGGCCGGAUCUUACAGAGACUCCCAGCCAAUUGCGUGAAGCUGCUGGAGAGGGAGAGGUGGAGUUUCCAGCUCGGCUUACACAUCAGGAGGAUUUCCAUCAGCUGACACCAUCACAGAUAGACCUGGCACAAGAGCAACAAGUGAGCUCAGUCGCCCCCAGCUCUCCUCCCUCGCACAGAAAUGUCUUUCCCUGUGGAGCCAGCCUGGAUGGGGAGGCCUACCUGACCCUGAUGGAGAAUAAUCCUCAUACUCCCAACAUUCCCAAACAUGCAGAAAUGACUCUGGAUUUGUGCAAGGCCUCAGAUGCUCUGCCAACCAAAUCGCUCCAUGACCAGAGGGUCCCUGUGGAUUUGAUAAACGUGCCUAUAGUUUCCGCAACAGCCCAUAAAAGCGAGGAGCAGUCAGCUCUCAGAGCGGUUUUCCAGGCUUUGGAUCAGGACGGGGAUGGAUUUGUCCAUAUUGAGGAAUUCAUUGAGUUUGCAAAAGCGUAUGGAGCCGAACAGGUGAAGGAUCUGACACGGUUCUUGGAUCCCAGCGGUCUGGGUGUGAUCAGUUUUGAGGAUUUCCACAGAGGCAUCAGCGCAAUCAGCAAUGAAGGAUCUGAUCCGGACCUCUACAAGACUCAUCUCAGUGCGGUGGAAGCCAAUGGACCUCCAGAGGAAUACGACGAGCAGGCGGAGGUCUCAGACAGUGCCUACCUCGGGUCGGAGAGCGCCUACAGCGAGUGUGAGACCUUCACGGAUGAGGACACGACGGCUCUGGUCCAUCCAGAGCUCCAUGAGGACGUGGAGACGGACAGCGGCAUUGAAAACACACUCACGGAUGGAGACGAUCGCAACAGGUUCACGUUGGGCUCUGAUUUGAAUGGCCACACCCUCGUGGCUGUGAUUGGAGGAGAGGAGGAGCACUUUGAGGAUUUUGGUGAGAGUAACAAUACUUCAGACCUGCUGCUGGCCAAUCAGGAGGAUGGAGGGGUGGGGCCAGAAGGGGAGGGAAGUACGGAGCCACUCCCACACACAGACAGCCCACUGCCCCGCCCACUGAUGCUGCUGUCGCCUAGUCCCAGCUCUUUUCCUGCUAGUUUCCAGAGUUUCCUUCAGUCGGAGGCGCUGGAGUUUUUCUGCACGCACUGUCAUAAGCAGAUCAGUCGUCUGGAGGAUCUGUCCACGCGACUGCAGCUGCUAGAGAUGAAUAGUUCCAGCAAGAGGCUGUCCAGUAAGAAAGCAGCAAGACACUUGCAGCAGUCUGGCACUCUGGAUGUCAUGGGAGAUCUAACUCAAGACAUUUUGGACCUAGCGGAUCGUGACAUCACAGACAAGGUGUUGCUGUUGGAGAAGCGCGUGUGCGAGCUGGAGAAGGACUCGACGGAGAGCGAAGAGCAGCAUGCGCGCCUGCGGCAGGAGAACCUCACCCUCGUCCACCGAGCAAACGCUCUGGAGGAACAGCUGAAGGAGCAGGAGCUGCACGCCGAGGAGAGCUUACUCGCAUAUACACGUAAACACAGAGACGCUCUGAACAAACUCCAGCGAGAGAGAGACCUGGAGAUCGAGAACCUCCAGGCCAGGUUGCAUCAGUUGGAUGAGGAGAACAGUGAGCUGAGGUCAUGCGUUCCCUGUCUGAGAGCCAACAUCGAGAGACUGGAGGAGGAAAAGAGGAAACUUCAGGAUGAGGUAGAUGACGUCACAGAUCGACUGAACGAAGAAAUCGAAUCCCGCAGGAAAAUGGCCGACAAACUGAGCCACGAACGUCACACAAACCAGAAAGAGAAAGAGUGCACUCAGGGGUUGAUAGAGGACUUAAGAAAGCAGCUGGAGCACCUUCAGCUGUUUAAGUUGGAGACCGAAGCGAGAAGAGGCCGGUCGGCCAGCUCCGGCCUGCAGGAAUACAACACUCACAUGAGGGAGAACGAACUGGAGCAGGAGAUACGCAGACUCAAACAGGAUAACCGCAGUCUGAAGGAGCAGAACGACGAGCUGAACGGUCAGAUCAUUAAUCUGAGCAUCCAGGGAGCAAAGAGUCUUUUUACCGAGUCUCUCUCAGAGUCGCUCGCCGCUGAGAUCAACAACGUCUCCCGCGCCGAGCUGAUGGAGGCCAUCCACAAACAGGAAGAGAUCAACUUCCGCCUGCAGGACUACAUCGACCGCAUCAUCGUCGCCAUCAUGGAGUCCAACCCCUCCAUCCUGGAGGUCAAAUAAUCACCGAUCCGACGACCCUACCGGAUUUAUGAACUGACACGGGAGGCGAGAGGCACGAUGUGAAGAAUCCAAUCAUUAUUUUGAUCAAAUAAUUUAAUAAUUUAGAGCACUGUUGGCUGAAUGAAUGUGUGUGAGCGUCCCUGUCCUUCGGUUCCUGUGACUUCCCUGUGUUUUGGGAUUGAGGCGCCCAUCCCUUCUGUAUAUGUGUUCGCAAAUUCAUAGAUUGAAUUUCAGUGUAAGAAACUAGUUUGUUUUAAGUUAACCAGCGUAAGUCUGGUUUGAUCAGUCACACCGUUAGCCCAUGUGAGGGACAUCUGCUGACCCGAGGGUUGAGCGUGUGCGUACGAUUAGCUCGUAGACGAGUUUUUGCUGAAUGUCAGCGCUGUUUUCCUUUCGAUUCUUAUUUAUUACGAUGACGCAAAGGAUCAAGGGAGGCCGACGCCCACCAAGGGAGUUCGCAGUGGUGCGUUGUGGGUAAGGCAAUCGGUCCCGUGCGAUUUCUUGCUGAGGAUAUUCGGCAGCCGCCUCCUGUCCUGGAUUCUUUCCAAAAAACUCUGUACAGAAGACUCUUAAAAUCUCACUGGAAAUGUUCAUUGCACUCUGAUUAAUUUUAUUUUUGAGAUAACAUUGUUUGCUAUUUAAAUUGUUUGAAGGAAGAUGAGGUUGAAGUUGCUCUUAUCAACGUUGGCGGGAAAAAGAAGCGGACGCUGAAGCGCUAACGGGAAAUCGAACCGUUAACAAAACGCGGGAAACCGGACUUUCGCUUCUUUCCGCUUUUUUUUUUUUUUUGGUCUCUCUGGUGAAGAUGGGUGUAAAUAUCGAUCUAGAACGUUUGUAUCUUUCGUUCUUCGAAUCGUAUUUUUAUGGACAAACGGAAUUAAGAUUCCGUUUCAUUUCGUCUUCCACUUCCAACGGUCGCUUUUCGUCUUUUCCCGCGCUAAACCUCUCAUACGGCGCAAGCAUGUUCGAUUUCCACCUUUUUUUUCCCCCCUCUGGAAAAUCCAGUGGAGAGUUUUAAAUAAGUUAAAAUGAAAGAUUAGAAGUAAUCCUUCCUGUUUUCCUGUUUUGUUUUAUUUUUUUGGAUUGUGGAAAAGCACGCUGCAGUUCACUUUUUUUCCCCUUUCCCUCUUCUCUGCCUCGCACAUUUUGGUUUUAAGACCCGUCCUAUCCGAUUUUCUUAUAAGACGAUGCUGGAGAACAUUUGAAGACGAUUCCGCUGCUGUUUCGCGUCUGUAUGGCUGUUUUAAAGCUACUGUAAUUACUGAUGGACCUUAAAGCGCGGGAACUUUGCUUACGUGAACUUUUGAAAUACGCGGCUGUCUCCUUCCUUAAUUUCCUUACAGAGACAAUAAGGGAAGGCCCGAAUCUACUGCUCUUGAUCUGUCGGGUGUUAAACAGCUGUUGUGUAUGAUCUAAGAUAUGUCUACACGCAUUGUCAGUGUCCAAAGACAACAUUUCACCGCUUAGAAGGAGUUCUGCUUGCCACUUAGACUUUAAAAGACUAAUAAUAGUUAUAAAUACAUGUUAAUAAAACAAAAAAGGACUCCUCGUAAUGGAUACAAUUGUAAAAAAAAAAAAUGUUUACUCUAAUCGUUAAGGUUACUGUAUAAAUGAAAGAUAUCAGUAUUGUCUUCUGUUGAAUGUUUUGCUUUCUUUUGAAGAUGCCCCCAUAAGAUGUAUCUUUUACUGUUCGGGGUCUUAUAGAUUUUCAAAUAAUUGUAUGAAGGUUAAAAGAAAAGUGAAAAUAAAAUUAGUCACCAAUAAAUUAAGUGCAAAUAC